AUCACUUUUAAAUUACAAGAUCAAAAAAUUACAAGACAAAAAUAAAUAUAUAUAUAUAUAUAUAUAAUAUCCUCUCUAAAAUAUUAUUUAUAAAAUUUUUGUGUUUUUGACAUUUUUGUCUAGGAAAAAAAAAAUGGGAAAAGGGGUUUUAGUGAUCAUGGUAAUGGUUGUAGCACUAGCAUUGAGUGUUGUUGUUAAUGGGGGGAAUUUUGAUCAAGAUUUUGAGGUUACAUUUGGUGAUGGAAGAGUUAAGAAGUUUGGGAGAGGCCAACUUCUUACUCUUUCUCUUGAUCGGGUUUCGGGUUCGGGUUUUCGGUCUAAGAGGGAGUAUCUCUUUGGAAGGAUUGAUAUGCAACUUAAACUUGUUGCGGGUAACUCUGCUGGAACUGUCACUGCUUAUUAUUUAUCAUCGGAAGGAGCAACCCAUGACGAGAUAGAUUUUGAGUUCUUAGGAAAUGUAAGUGGCCAGCCUUACACACUCCACACUAAUGUGUUUACUAAAGGAAAAGGUGGUAGGGAACAACAAUUCCAUCUUUGGUUCGACCCAACCUCAAAAUUCCAUACCUAUUCUGUCGCUUGGACCCCUCGUAUGAUCAUAUUUUUGGUAGACAACACUCCCAUUAGGGUAUUCAAGAACCAUGAAGCUAGAGGAGUGCCCUUCCCAAAGAGCCAACCCAUGAAGGUAUACUCGAGCCUAUGGAAUGCAGACCAAUGGGCUACCCAAGGAGGCCGCGUUAAGACAGAUUGGGCUAAGGCUCCAUUCACGGCUUACUACAGGAACUUCAACGUCAACCCUAACCACGCGACUGCAACCGCGGCCUUCACUGAUGCAAAGUGGCAAAACCAGGAGCUAAAUGCUUGGAGCAGAAGGAGACUAAGAUGGGUUCAAAAGUACUUCAUGAUCUACAAUUAUUGUACUGAUGCACAAAGGUUUCCAAAAGGUGUUCCUAGAGAAUGUAGGAUGUUUUGAAAUGUUAAGUGGUAUGGAAUCAAUGUUGUUUAAAUCCUUGCAUUACUAGUGUAUUGCAAGUUGAUUAGCUUUUUAAUCUGCAUCCAAUUUUGUAUUAAAUGGGUUAAGUAAAUAAUUUUUUUUUCUUCAUUGUAAGAUUGUGUAAUUCUCCUCAGUGGAGGCUUUCUCAUUAGUCAAUAUAUAGGUGACGGUACAACCUAAA